AACGCGCAUGCGUUUAAGGCCGGGCGCGCUCCCGCUCACAGGAUCCAAGAUGGCGGAUCUGCUCGGUUCUAUCCUGAGCUCCAUGGAGCGGCCGCCUCAGGUCGGGGACCAGGAGAGUAGGCGGAAGGCCAGAGAGCAAGCGGCCCGACUGAAGAAGAUGCAAGAGCACGAGAAGCGGCAGAAGGUGGAGUUCCGAAAAAAGAUGGAGAAGCAGGUCUCGGACUUCAUUCAGGACAGCUCGCAGACGAAGAAGAAGUAUCAGCCGAUGAGUAAGAUUGAGCGCAGCAUUCUACACGACGUGGUGGAGGUCGCCGGCCUGACGUCGUUUUCAUUCGGGGAGGAUGAGGAGAGCAGAUACGUCAUGAUCUUUAAGAAGGAGUUUGCCCCGUGUGACGAGGAGCUGGAGGCGUACCGCCGCGGGGAGGAGUGGGACCCGGUGAAGGCCGAGGAGAAGAGGAGGCUGAAGGAGUUGGCACAGAGGGAGGAGGAGGACGCAAUGAAGGCGCCGUCCAAUGUCAACCCCAACAGUGACUACAAAGAUAAGUACAGUCACCUGAUCGGGAAGAUGGCCGCCAAGGACGCCGCCCACACCCUGCAGGCCAACAAGGCCUACGGCUGCGUUCCUGUCGCCAAUAAGCGGGACACGCGAUCCAUCGAGGAGGCCAUGAACGAGAUCCGAGCCAAGAAACGUUUAAAACAAGAGGACGGCGCCCAGUAAACGCUGUGGGGCCCCCCGGAGCCCGCGCCUCCCUCUCCUCCGGGGUUUCCUGGCGGCGGCCGUUGACCGUUCUUCACGCGGACGCUGCCGAGACUCCGGAUCUUAUCAUUUUACUGAACUUGUUUUAACCUUUGGGGAUUUUAAAUUUUUGUUUUUAAGUCUUGGAUGUAAGAUGGUGGCUGUCAGUGAACGUGGCCUCUGGGGGCCCCCCCCGUCUAUGAAGCUGCGACCUGGGGGUCCCUGAUCUAACAUGGCCGCUCCUGGACGCAGAGUGGCUUCGUGGAGGUCAACAAAAGUGUUUUUGGGGGUUUUAGUUUUUUUUUGCUUUGUAAAU